AGCCGGCGCUAAUCACGCCACCCCACCGGACCAGAUGAAUGAUUGGAAUAAGAAGAAACCGUCCGGUUCGCGUCUGCUGCACGAUUCUAUUCCAUUCCAUUCGGUUCGGUUCAGCACGAGCCCCACCCCGAUCCAUCCGCUCGCUAGGGUUCACGCCAUGGCUCCACCACCGUCCGACCAGCCGCCCGCCGCCGGGCCUGCCGAGAUCUCCAAGGUCCUCAUCGUCAUAGCGAUGCAGACGGAGGCGAUGCCGCUCGUCACCAAGCUCAAGCUCGUCGAGGCGGCCGCCGGCGAAUCCAUGUUUCCUAAAUGUGCCCCUUGGAUUAGAUAUCACGGCAACUACAAAGGCCUCCACAUUGACCUAGUUUGGCCUGGAAAAGAUCCUGCUCUCGGAGUGGACAGUGUUGGUACGGUAUCGGCAGCUCUUGUGACUUAUGCAUCCAUUCAAACAUUUAAGCCGGACCUUAUCAUUAAUGCUGGCACUGCUGGUGGCUUCAAGGCCAAAGGAGCAAGCAUUGGAGAUGUCUUCCUAGCAUCAGAUGUUGCAUUCCAUGACAGGAGAAUACCAAUACCUGUUUUUGACAUGUACGGAGUUGGAGCACGAAAAACACUUGCAACCCCUAAUAUCUUGAAGGAACUCAAUUUGAAGGUUGGCAAGUUGUCAACUGGUGACUCUCUGGAUAUGUCUCCCCAGGAUGAGGCAGCAAUACUGAGGAAUGAUGCUACCAUCAAGGAUAUGGAGGGAGCAGCGGUGGCAUACGUUGCCGACAUGUUCUCAACACCAGCAAUCUUUGUGAAAGCUGUUACUGAUAUCGUUGAUGGGGAGAAGCCAACGGCGGAGGAGUUUCUGCAAAACCUGGUUGCCGUGACGGCAGCACUUGACCAAGCUGUUACCAAAGUGGUUGAUUUCAUCAGCGGGAAAUGCAUCUCUGAUCUUUGAAAACCUAACUACAGCACCAUGCUUUUCCAGAUUGCACAAAUGGCAGAAACUUAAAAUCUGCUCAUGCUAUUACCCGAUGUUGGUUGUAUGAUUUUUCUGGAGGGGUUUUAUAUAUGACAUUUUACAUUCUCACCCCCCCUGUGUACAAAAUUCUUGGCAACUACUCUGAGCCACAGUUUUGUAGAAUAUUUGCAAACUGUGCAGGGUAAUGAAGCUAAAUAAGGUGAUGCAUUGUGAAAAUAAAAUGGUGGGGAUUGGAUGCCUCA